GCGCAAACACACACGCACACACACGCUUUGAUAGAUUAGAUAAGAUGACGUCGAUCAUCAACGCAGGGAUACGCUCGAAAACGUCACCUAGUGCCCUAGUGUACUAUUUUAUCUUUGUCGCUCGCCGAAUGUUGAACGAGGAUAAAAUGAACACGCUGGGGCACUCGAGUGACGUUCCCGAACCGCGGCCCAGAGGUGAUGUUCCUGGGGCUUUUUUCAAAGUGCAUUUGCCGCGGACUCGCGCAGAGAGAAAGAGAUAAGUUUGAAACGCGGUCCUUGCGAACUGCGACGGGUCUUCUGUACUCCGUUUGUACUCGCCACGAGUCCCGCUUUUCUGUAUCGCUGUUUCAUUGUUAUUGGCAAAGGCUGUUAAAUAGUAGCCGCUAUCAUGGAGCACAAGUUACUUCGAAUUUACAUCUGCAAUUUAUUCAGCGAAUGCGUUUACCUUCUCCGCAGGGGUAUCGUUGAUGCAAUUUUUAAGGACGGAAUUAACGAGGGGCUAUCAGCUGGAACACGACGAGGAGAGAUUCUCCGCGAGGCGGGAGAAGGUCUACUCGUUCAUGAAAAUUCCUCGGGAGGUGGAGAACUUCAUGGCGUAUGGGUUCCUUCAGUGCGCCGACUCCUUCCUCUUCGUGUAUACCUUUUUACCGCUGCGAUUCGCAAUGGCUUUGUGGGCGGUGAUAACGAGGCCUUUACGACACUACCUGAGGAGCGAGAAAGAGCACGCGAAAAGCACGGAGAGAUACUUGAGUCCAGCCGAAGUGUGCGAUUUGUUGAAGGGAAUCGUGGUGGUCGGUUGCUGGGCGGCUACCUGGAAGUGGGAGACCGUCUUUUCAGCGCUUUCGGCCAGGACACGAUAGACGCCCUGCUCUGGACCGCCACCGAGCCGCGUUCGCGCUCGAAUUCCACCCGUACGAAACAUUUCGGUACACUACCGCAUCUCCUGUUUGCCGUCGCUUAUGUCCUGUUGCACAGUAUAUUGGUGUUAUUCCAAGCGACGACGUUGAAUGUGGCAAUCAACAGCAGUAACAAGGCGCUUCUCACAAUUAUGAUGUCCAACAAUUUUGUAGAACUGAAGGGUUCCGUCUUCAAGAAAUUCGACAAGAACAACUUGUUUCAAUUAUCAUGCGCCGACGUCAGGGAAAGAUUCCAUCUCAUUAUGCUGCUCCUUGCAGUGAGUCUGCAAACGAUGAAAGAGUACGCAUGGCACAGCGAUCGUCUCGCUGUCUUGCUACCCGAUUGCGUGCUACUGUUAUUGGCAGAAGUUCUAGUCGAUUGGGUGAAGCAUGCGUUCAUCACACGUUUCAACGAGCUGCCUUCCACCGUCUACAGGGAUUAUACCGUGAGCCUGGCCUACGACAUGGCGCAGACACGUCGCGAGACAGCGUUCUCGGAUCCCUCAGACCUGGUUGCACGGCGUAUGGGCUUCAUACCUCUUCCUCUGGGAGUCGCCAUGGCGCGCGUACUGUGCACGACCCUGACGCCAUCCGCGAGACCCGCUAAUAUCAUACUUCUAUUAUUAGCUUAUCUCAUAUUGGUAUCUCUUCGCAUACUGAAUAGUUUAAUCAUUCUUGGGAAGGCGUGCGACAUAAUGUCGUCGCACACGCAACCUGACAAGGACGACGUCCCCGCGAAAUUCCCGUCGAAGAAUCGUGCCAACAGUGUCGACAUGAAAAAUCCAAAUCUUGGCACGGCCAUUUUCUCAAAUAGCGCCGUCAGCUUGAACAACGUCUGCUUGAACGAGGCGUUCCUGGAGCCGGACGAGGCGCAGAAAAGUGAGAAACUUCAGUGUAAUUUCGACGAGCUCACGAACGUCACGAAAACUGUGCUAAGGACAGGAAGCGAGCCUCUUCUGUCGCAAUGACAAAUCUCAGUAGCACAAUUGAAAUGUAAUGAUUUUUUUUAUUUAUAAAUUGUACAUAUUUUGUUGUACAUAUCUACAUGCACAGGAACUAUAUGGACGCUUUUUUGCAAUGAUAUUUAUAAGGUAUGGAUAAGAGUAAUAAAAUUGGUUACCAUUUA